CCCGGCGGGUGGAGAGGAGGCGACGGGCGGCAGAAGGUUGCUGGUUGACUCUGCGGCUAAGGGAGAGGGUGCUUGGGGGAUGUCGAGUGUCUGUUGAAUUUUCCAGGAAAAACAGCUUUAGGUUUCUGGGGAACAGGAUGACCGCUUUGAGUUGAGUGCAAGAGGCAUUUUUCCCCAAACUCUUUACUAGAUACGAAGAGUGGCGGUGCAGAACCCUAUUAAGAAUGACGUCUGCCGUUGCCACAGCGGUGAAGGCCGGCUACUUCUCCCUACCCGGGCCGCGACUCCUUAUCUGCUGCUGAGUGUCCUGGAGUUAGAAAACCACUAGUGUUGGAAGGAAUUGAUUUGGGGGCGUGUACAAGCAAAUGGACGGUGGAUUAUCUAAGCCAAGUUGGAGGGAGGAAAGAAGUAAAGAUUCAUGUUGCUGCAGUUCCACAGAUGGACUUCAUUAGUAAGAACUUUGUGUAUAGAACUUUACCUUUUGACAAGUUGGUCCAGAGGGCAGCUGAAGAAAAGCAUAAAGAAUUCUUUAUUUCAGAGUCAUUUUUGCAAGCAACAUGUAAAAACAUUUCUUCAUAUGGCCACCAGAGAGCGUUAGUAGAAAGGGAUGAGAAGUACUACUUACGGUCACUUGGGGAAGAUCCUAGAAAGGAUAUCGCGGAUAUCAGAAAGCAGUUUCCCUUAUUGGAAGGAGAUAUUAAGUUCCCAGACUUCUUCAAAGAGCAGCAGUUCUUUUCAAGUGUUUUUCGUAUUAGCUCACCAGGAUUACAACUUUGGACUCACUAUGAUGUUAUGGAUAACUUCUUAAUACAAGUGACAGGAAAAAAGCGUGUUGUACUGUUCAGUCCUCGAGAUGCCCAGUAUUUAUAUUUAUCAGGUACUAAAUCAGCAGUGCUGAAUAUAGAUAACCCAGACUUGGCUAAGUACCCACUGUUUUCCAAUGCUAGAAGAUAUGAAUGUUCCCUUGAAGCUGGAGAUGUAUUAUUCAUUCCUGCUUUAUGGUUCCAUAAUGUAAUUUCUGAAGAGUUUGGAGUGGGAGUGAAUGUCUUUUGGAAGCACCUUCCUUCUGAAUGCUAUGAUAAGACAGAUACCUAUGGAAACAAAGAUCCUACAGCAGCAUCAAGAGCGGCACAAAUUUUAGACAGAGCCUUAAAAACAUUGGCUGAAUUACCAGAGGAAUACAGGGACUUCUAUGCACGGCGAAUGGUCUUACACAUCCAAGACAAAGCCUACAGCAAGAACUUUGAGUAAAUAAAGCAGUACUAAUAGAUAUAAACUUUUUAAUAAAAUUUAGCUCAAACGUUGGAAAAAUAUAAUGAUAUGAAUUAUUUCUUUUUAAAUUCUCUUUAUUAAAAUAGUAUAGAUAAAUCAGUCUCAGAUUUAUAGAUUAAAUAAGUAUGAAGGGGUGUUUGUUUGGUUUCUACUUAAUACAGAUUGUUACAGUUGAAAGAAUGCUGUACUGG